AGAGCCCCGGACCAAGUCUCUCACCGUUUCCCAUUUGAUGGCGGCUAACGAAGCGGUUCAGGCUGCCUUCAGGCGGUUUGACGUGGACCAGUCAGGGUCCAUCAGCCGAGAUGAGCUUGGGAACAUCCUAAGAGGCUUGGAUAGUUCCUGGACUGAUGACUCCAUUGACGACUUGUUGGCGCAGGCAGAUGCUAGCGGUGAUGGACAGCUCCAGAUUGAUGAGUUCUUGAAAUGGAUCUUUGCGGAAGACCAGGAUGUUGGAGCUGCCUACAUCGGGGAGUUCACCUAUUCAAUCUCAAGUUGUUCCAAGCCGGAGAUGAAUGGAGACUAUGUACAGAGGCCAAUAGCUUUCAAUGGCCGCCCGAUCUUCCAGUGUUUUGAGAACGGGCUCCACCUCAUCUAUCACAAGGCCAAGAAGCAGUGGGGCAUCGGGAAGGGCCCCACAAAUCCUCCAAUUUGUCGCUUGCGGACCGAGCGAGCGCCUCACAUGGCCCGGGCCAAUUGGGCUUUGUGGCAGGAGGGCCGCAAGGCAUACGUGCGGGAGAGCCGAAUGAGCUGUGGCUUCAAGCGCAGCCCGGAAGAGGUGGAAGCGGCCUGCGAGAAGGCCCCGGAGAUCAUCCACCACGUUUGUGUCGAAGGCGAGGCGCUGGGGCUCUUUCGGAAGCAAGGCGAGAUCGUGAAUGAGAGGCCCGUGUACUUGCACGACAAAACCGGCAUGUUCCUCUCCUACGACAAGGAACUGCAGAAGUGGAAGGUCAGCAAAGAGCCGAACGCAUCUUGCAAAGGAGUGCAUUUCAGUGAGUUGACAAAAGCCUACUCCCCGAUCAAGGCAGUUUGGAAGAGCGAGGGAGAGACAGUCCUUUGGGGCACUCCGCAGCCCAGUUCUUGCGUCGCCAUCCCAGAAGGCUGGAAAGAUCCAGAUUUCCCGCCAGAUGCAAGCAGCAUUGGCAACAUGAAGGAAAGCAGAUGCGCUGCAAAGCGCGGGGCCAGCAGGGAGAUUGAGUGGGUCCGAGCCUUGACCAUGUCCAAGCAGCGCACGCCGCUGUACGAGCCGGUCUUGUUUGGGGACAUCACUCCAGCGGAUGCGCUUCAGGGGGCUGUGGGCAACUGCUGGAUGAUCGCAGCUUUCGCCCAGAUGGCGGAGUUCCCCUCCUACAUCAAGGAGCACAUCUUCAUCACCAAGGAAAUCUCCCCAGAUGGCAAGUACGAGUUUCGGCUGUUUGACUUCAAAGCCAAGGACUGGACAGUGGUCCAAGUGGACGACUACCUUCCAUGCUUUGCUUCAGACAGAGCCACGGCGGAUGUCGCCUACGCGGACUUGAACGAUGGGAAGAUGUGGGUGGCCCUCCUGGAGAAAGCGCUUGCCAAGCAGUUCGGCAGCUACGCGCGCAUCAACGGCGGGAUCUCCGAGGUGGUCUACGCCAUGCUCACCGGGUGCGACAACCACUUUUCCAUUGGGCCCCGUGUCACUGGGGACAAGCCCAUAUGGGUGAUCACUGCAGAGGACGGCGUCCCCGUAAGGGGCAAGGAAGAACGCCUGGCAGCAGGGGCGCGCAUCCAGGAGUUGCGAAUUGUCGGUGGCUACCAACUCAAGUUCACCAAGGUGGAUGGUGAGGGCCCUGAUGAAGGUGUCAUUGAGUACUACAUGGCUGGCAAGCCCAUGGCGCGGCGAGAGACCAAGUUCCCUUGGUGCCACUUCGUGCAGCACGUCUAUGACAAGGAGGCAAACAAGCACAUGAAAAUUGAGGACAUCGAUGAUGAUCAGGCAUGGGCAAAGGCGCUGGAAGCAGAGGAGAAGAACUUUCUGCUCUCGGCGUGUCCUUUUGACUAUGCCAGCGAUGGCGUAGUGUCCAGCCAUGUCUAUUCGGUUUUGGCACUGAAGCAGGUGGGAGCUUUGCGAUUCGUUUGCAUGAGGAACCCCUGGGGUCGUGGUGAAUGGAAAGGUCCAUGGCAUGAAGGAGGCGAAGAGUUGAAAGCAAAUCCCGACGUGGCAGAGGCUUUGCAAGUGGACCUGGACAAUGACGGAAAAUUCUGGAUUGAAUGGGAAGACUACAAGUGGAGGGUGAAAAACUUUGCUGCAACAAUGUUUCCAAUGGCCACAAGACGUGGCCGCGAACGUCUUGGUGAGGAUGUAGACUGAUGUACUGGCUGAUGUGCCACGGUGCAUACGUUUCCGCGUUACUCGUUCAGCCAAGCUGUCCGAGCAUCUGAGUCACUGCUGC